AUGUUUUUCUGUAUCGAUUCCGGGCAGUGCAUCGGCAAUGAUUCAGUAUGUGAUGGAUUUACAAACUGUCGUGACGGAGAAGAUGAGUCUCCUCCUGCAUGUACCAUAGAUGUAUGCCGUCAACUAGACAGUUUUUUCUGUCAGGAUUCCCAGCAGUGCAUCGACAAGUAUUUUGUAUGUAACAGUGAUACAGAAUGUCCAGACGGUGAAGAUGAGGCUCAUCCUGCAUGCAACAUGGAUGUUUGCCGUCAAAAGGAUAUAAUUUUCUGUAACGUGUCUAUGCAGUGCAUUGGCAGGUAUCUCGUAUGUAAUGGAGUUGAAGAUUGUGGUUACGGUGAAGAUGAAACUCCUACUGCGUGCGCUCUUAAACAGCAGUGUGAAUCAAACUGGUCCUUAAGCGAAGGCUGCUUUAUUCGAUGUAAACCUGGAUAUUUUGGCAAAUAUUGCCAAAGUUGUGUAGACAAAUGUUUGAAUGGGAAAUGUGAGAAACAAACUGGAAUUUGUCUGGACUGUACACCUGGUUAUUUUGGCGAGUAUUGCGAGCAAAAUUGUUCAAAAGAAUGUGUGAAUGGGAUAUGCAACAGCAAAAGUGGAAUUUGUAAGGACUGUAUACCUGGUUAUUUUGGCAAGUAUUGUGAGGAAACCUGUUCAAAUGAAUGUCUUAAUGGAAUAUGUAAUAGCUCAAGCGGAAUUUGUAAGGACUGUAUUCGAACGUAUUAUGAAAACUGUUCGCUAGAAUGUGGUCAGGAAUGUCGCGAAAGAGACGGUUUCCCGCAAUGUGACAGACAAAGUGGAAAUUGCUUGCAUGGCUGCAAUCUUUAUUACUUCGGACACAAUUGCAACAAAACAUGUAGAAACUGCAAAGGAGAUUCCUCCAAUGAUCCAUGCGGUAUAAACGGUGUAUGCUACUUUGGAUGUAAGAACGACUAUUGGGACAAGAAUUGCAACACUAAAUGCAAUGCCAACUGCCAAGGUGACGAACAUGGGAACAGGUGUAAUGCGUCCACUGGGGAAUGUUUAUACGGCUGUACUCUUGGAUGGAGUGGUAGAUCAUGUGAGGAUGUGAGCAGUGUGCAAUCUACGACCUCUGAAUCGACCGAAAAAGAGAACGUCAACUCCUUAAAGACAACUUUGAUAGUCAUAUCAGCUUGCUUCAUUGUGGUUCUCGUUGUUGCCGGUAUUAUCUGCUACUUUUGGGGUCAAAAAAGAUUGAACCGUCAGAUGAAUGAACGCAAGGAGCUCCGCCAAAAUUUUCCAGUUGGCGAUCCACCAGAACAAGAACCAUCUGGGUCUCCCACACGGGAAAGUUCUAGUCUGUAUGCAGAUAUCAACGAAGAAUCCAUGGAACUUUAUCAUUACAUCUGUGAGCAAAAUGUACCAGAUCACUUUGAAGAAAUCAGCGUCACAAAAUAUGACGGUAAUACCGAGAUCGUGCAUUUAAAAGAAUUUACGGUCACUAGUAAUUCCCGACGGAGCAUCACACAAUCUGAAGGCAAAAAUGAACUUGACAGUACUGACGAAACAAAAUCCCGGCAGAGUGUCACACAAUCGGAGGGUGGUCUUGAUCAAGUAGAAAAUACGAACGGAAUUGAUCGCCGACGUAGUUUCGUAAACUCCAGUAGAAGCAAUGAAUCUGUGUGCACGAACGAAUAUUUUGACCUUGACACUUGGAGUCAAACAACCAAGGCCGAAAAUAGACGAAUGCUAGCUGCUAAAUAUUGCGAAGAGGAGAAAGACAUAUUUGGUGAUUUAGGACAAUUUCAGGUGGAUUAUAUUCAUGCUAUUGAGAGGGAAGAAUCUGAAUCUGAAUCUGAUGAAGUAGAACAUCAAGAUAUAAAACAGAAUAUAGAGUAUUCCCUUUUAUUAAGUCAUACAGCACAAGUCGACGAAAACUUCUGUUUAGAUGAUCGAAAUAGUAGUACUUCCGAACAGCCUGCUCAAUCGCAUCCUGAAGCAAAUAUGGACGAUGAAAUAAACAUUAAAAGUCCAUUGCAAACGACAAAGUGA